AUGGAAGAGCAUUGUUUGGUGCUUUAUGGAGAGUGGAGUUGUGGAGGCAAUGGAAAAUGGGAUUUCGUGAUAGACAAUAACAGAAUGUCUAGGGUUUUGCAAAUAGAAGAGGGGAUGACGGUGGCUGAGCUGAAGAAGAAAGUUAUCGAGGAGUUUUUCGGAGGCAGUUCUGCCGGUAUCUCUGUCUCGCUUAGUUAUUGGCCGCCAAAUACAACUGAGUUGGCGACAGGGAUAACGACUCUGCCGGUGUUGGUUGAGGAUAUCGGUAGAUCCAGAGUUAUGGAGACUAUUCGUGGGUACAUCACGCUGUCGUUUAGUAGCAAGCGUCUUGGAGCAAGCGCUAGUUCGACUGCGAUUGGGACAUGCAACUUUGAUUUCAAUGACGAGGAGCUCCUAAAUGUAGUAGAUGAAGCUGAAGGCAAUUUCCAACGUAGCAGUGGCCGUAAGGAGGUCGAAUCCCCGGCAGAAGAGUCUGACUCAGAUGUAUGUUGUGCAGAAGUAGGCGAUGCUAUGGAACGGAUGUUAUGUAUCCUAGUAGAGAAGGUUUCAAUGCUAAGGUUGUGGAGUUUGGGGUUAGGUGCGACAUCCUCCGAGUGGGUGGUGGAUGAAGCGAAUAGAGUGGACAAUGCACCGUUGGACAGUGAAACCGCGGCAAGGAUCAGUGUACAAAAGUCCGUGGACACCUAUCCAAAACUUGGAAAUGUGGACUCAUCUGGACGGAGUGCUGGUGGACAUGACGUGGAGGUUCCUGCAGCCGUUACUGAAAUGGUAUUGCUACCACCUCGCACGCGUAGGCCGUCUGGGAGGCGUAAGGAGGGGAAGAUUCCGACAGUUGGAGAGAUACCGGGGACGAGGUCUAAGAAGAAGGAACCGAACAAGUGUUCAAGAUGCACGCAACCUGGGCAUAAUCGUACUAGUUGCACGAAUCUGAUAUGA